GAAACUGAAGACUCAAUUCUCUUUUCAACUCCAGAGGAACCAGAUUACCUUGAAAACGAAAUAGACGAUGAAGCCGAUGAGAACGAAAUGAAAAAUGAUCUCUAUUAUGAUAAAGAUGACUGCUCAAUGCAAGAAUACGAAGUAUUGAAGGAUAAUUUAUUGUUGUACAACCACGCCAGGCUGAUGUCACAGGAUAAUCAUAGCAAGGAUUACUUGGUUUCCAUUAUGUUUUCCCACUAUGACAGGAAUAACAAUGGAAACUUGGAAGCCACCGAAUUGAAUGAGAUAUCAACUCAGGAAAGACUGGAUUCUCUGAGCAAUGGAUGUUCGCUGUCCAAUAUGAUUCAAUAUGAUGACACAGAUCACGAUGGAAAAUUGAGCAUCAAUGAAUUCUACGUGGCUUUCAGUAAAUUGUAUAGUAAGUAUAAUGAAAUAUGA